AUGUCACAAGUCAUUGGGAAGACGCGCCUGGCCUAUGCACGAUCAUGGCACCUCGUAGACAUCGGGUCUGACCCCCGCGCUCUCGGCCGCGUCGCCACCUCCAUCGCCCUCGUCCUCAUGGGCAAGCACAAGCCCAUCUUUGACCCCUCGACAGACUGCGGCGACUACGUCGUGGCUAUUGACUGCGCCAACCUGCACACCACUGGCAAGAAACGCUUCCAAAAACUCUACCGCACACACACCACUCGACCGGGUUCAUUAAAGGAGCUCAGCAUGGACCGUAUGAUUGCCAAAUGGGGAGGCGGGGAGGUGCUGCGGAAGGCGGUCAGUGGCAUGUUGCCGAAGAAUAGGUUGAGGCAGGACAGGUUGGCACGGUUGAAGGUGUUCGAGGGCAGGGCGCAUCCGUAUGGGGAGAAUAUUCUGAAAGUGGAGAAUGGCGGUGGGCAGAGUAUUGUUGAACAUGAGGCGGUUAAGAAAACUCUGUCGGGACAGAAGGAGGCACAGCAAGCAGCGGCGCCUAUAUCAUGA